CGUCGUAAUUGUUUGAAUGCCGAAAUUGCCAAAGAGAAAUUACUGGAGACGUCGUCGUUCCGACCUCCGAUGGCGACGAAGAAUUUCUUUACCAACACGGGGAACCAAGCUCAAGCUGGGCUCUCUGCAGUACAAAACGGUACCGUUUCAGCGUCGACAAUGGUGAAAUCCUCCGAUUUCUUUCAACAGUUCACGGGUUUUGGUACUCCUUCUUCUGGUCCAAAUGUUGAAGAUGCUAUUAAGCCUGAUCUAAGGAAAUCGACAAGUACAGCUGUUGUUAAGCCUGAAACUGCACAGAUGACGAUAUUCUACGCCGGCCAAGUUCUCGUGUUCAACGAUCUCCCGGCGGACAAAGCCAACGAAGUCAUGGCUUUGGCCAGAAAAGGAAGCUCAAACAUUAGCGGUUCUGUUUCUACUUCUAGUCCGGCAGUUGUGGAGAAAAUUGACUUGACCAAGCCUGCUGCUCCUGAAAGAAACGUUACCCUAAUUACCAAGUCUGAUAAUAGCAAUAACAACAUUAAUAUCAAUGAUUCAGUACCAAAAAAUAUUGAUCUUAAUGACAACAACAACAAUAACAACAAACAUGAAAGCCUUCAACAACGACCAGCUGAUCAAGCCGCCAAUGGAUCUGAUUUGCCCAUUGCGAGAAGAAAUUCGCUUCAUCGGUUCUUAGAGAAGAGGAAAGACAGGGUGGCGGCGAAAGCACCGUACCAAGUAGUGAACCACUGGCCAGUGGCGGCUCCUCCUAAGCCCGACGAGGGCAAUCAAUGGAGUACUCAACAGGAAGGAGGAGAAUGUUCGGAUCAGCAUCUAGAGCUCAAGUUAUAAGUAACACUGACUUGGCUGAUGAUUGAUCUUCGUUACAUUUAGGCUUAAGGGCUAAAUUAUUAUUUAUGUAUAAUAUACAUCCUAAUUUCUUCCAAGCGUAUAAAAUCCUAACCAUACUCCUUAGGCCUCUGUGCCUUGUCCAUUUCUCUCUGCAUUUACGUAAAGUUUUUGUAAGUAUUCAGUUGUAACGAUUAAAUUUGAGAUGUGCCUUGAUUAAUGAUUAAAAAACGAAUUGUUUGUUUGA